GCGGAAUUCAAUCUUCCGUCAGCUGUUUGACAGAAAGGAAGCUAUUUACUGCUUUCCUUCCGAGGCUGGUGCCGGUUGUGGCUGUGUUUUCAUUUUGUAAUAACAUUUGAAUGUUGGUUUUGUUUUGUAUUGCAGUCGGUUUAAUGCCUUCGACUCUACUACUUGCUAAUUGAUAAGAGUCAAAUUUCGCCGAUAGAGACUGAGUCAUAAUAGGUGAUGUGUUUUUGUUAUUUUUGAGUUGUACAUUUUACUCGCUACAGUUUUUAUUCCAUCUUUAACAUGACAUCCGAAAAAUCUCAUUUUCCGAUACUCGGAUUUCUCGUCAUUUGUUCCAUGAUGAUUCAAAUCAGUGCUAAAUAUGAAUAUCAAACCAAGUAUCUGGAUGUUCCGCUGGAUCAUUUCACGUAUGUGAACGAGACUGUCACAUUCAAAAUGAGAUAUCUGGUCAAUGACACCUACAAUUCGGAUGGAAAAGGUCCCAUUCUCUUCUACACUGGUAACGAGGGUGAUAUUGAAAACUUUGCGCAAAACACCGGGUUCAUGUGGGAAAUUGCACCCAAGUUGAAGGCGUCGCUGGUGUUUGCGGAACAUCGUUACUACGGUAAAACUCUCCCGUUUGGUAACGCGUCCUACGAUUCUCCGAAACAUCUGGGAUAUCUCACAUCCGAGCAGGCUUUGGCGGAUUUCGCCGAUUUGCUUGCGGAGAUCAACCCCUCCAAUCGGUCAAGUCGCGGUCGACCGGUGAUUGCCUUCGGAGGGUCCUACGGUGGAAUGCUGGCCGCGUGGUUCCGUAUGAAGUAUCCGCAUCUGGUGACGGGUGCCAUUGCUUCGUCUGCUCCGAUUCGUCAAUUUGAUACCGAUUGCGGAGUGUUCAGUCAAAUUUUGACGUCGGUCUUCAGCGUUUCUUACACCAAAGAAUGUUCUGUAAACAUUGCCAACUCGUGGGAUGUCCUGAAGAACUACUCUUCGACGGCUGAUGGCUUGAAAGUCCUGAAGGAUAAGUUCAAGUUCUGUGGAAACAUCACCAAGGCAGAAGACAUCACCGGGACGUUCUUCGACUAUCUUACGGAUGUUUACGGAAACCUGGCUAUGAUUAACUACCCCUACAACUCGAGUUUCUUGGCACCGGUUCCGGCGUAUCCAGUGCGAGAGUUCUGCGGUCGCCUUGCUCAGAACUUCACCGGGAUGGAGUUGAUUGGUCGUCUUCAGGAAGCCUUGAGCAUCUACUCGAACUACACCGGCCAAACCAAGUGCUUGAACAUUGCCAAUGCCUACGAUGACAAUAUGGGAACCUCCGGUUGGGACUUCCAAUCGUGUACGGAAAUGUGGAUGCCGAUGUGUUCCGAAGGAUCCGGAAAAGACAUGUUCCCGAAGAAACCCUGGGACGAGAAGAAGUUUUCAGAUGACUGCUUCAAACAGUUCGGAGUGCGACCGAAGAAGAAUGCGGCUUUAACCGCCUACGGUGGAUUACAUUUGGAUGGUGCUUCCAACAUUGUGUUCAGCAAUGGUCUUAUGGAUCCGUGGUCGGGAGGUGGUGUUCUGCGAUCCAGCAAUAACGCUAUCAAGAUUGUGUUGAUUCCGGAAGGGGCUCAUCAUAUUGAUUUGCGCGCAGCGGAUGAAAACGAUCCGGGAUCGGUGCGGGGAGCACGGCAGGUUCACCUGCAGAACAUUCAGAUGUGGAUCAAGCAAUACCGUAAAAGACUGCACGGCUAGAAUGUAGGAACUGUAGGGCUUCCACUAAGAGUUGUUUUGGCUAACGUUGGUUGGACUGUCAAUUUUUACUCAAUAUAUAAGCAAUUUUACUUCAAUAAUCAAAUCAUUUCUAUUGAAAA